AUGAAUCGUUCAAUUCUGUUAACUUUUGCAAUCAUAGCAUUGAUCUUUCAACCAUCAAUACAACAGAAUGGUAACCAGAAUGAUAAUCAACAAGGCAAUAAUUUAUUGAUGCAAUUGUUGAAUCGUAAUAUACAAUCGACGAAACAGGAAGUAAAUCGAAUGCAAAAUCAAUUACGAAACAACAACAACAAUAAUAAUAAUAAUGGUGGAACAUCGAAUGCAUCAAAUCGUUUACAAAAAAUACAAAAAGAUUUAGAUAUGGUGAGGAAUCUUGGACAAAACCUAGAACAUCAAGAUGGUAUUGAUCAAAAUAUAAUGGCAAUGUUGAAUGGUAUUGUUGAUCAAAUACGUUAUAAAGCACAACGAAUUGCGAUGGAAUCUGGACAAUUGAACCAACAAAAUUAUAAUAAUAACAAUAAUGGAAUGAACGGCGGCAACAACGGUUUACAACAACGGUAA